AUGAGCUCCAAGCUCUAUUCAAGACCUGGUGUAUUUGUCUGGAGUCCACCAACAAUUGAAAAUAAGGGUGUAAUUGUUGCUGAUUUCGCUCAAUAUUUUGAUCCGAAUGCCACAUUUAAUGAGUUGGCCUGGUCAGUGUUAUGCUCUGAACAACAUUCAUUGGGUGUAAUAGGAGGAGGAACAGAGGAUGGAACAGUUGUGUUUUUUGAUGCUGCCAAAUUCGUAAAUGAUAGCAAGUUCGAAGUGCUCUCAGCGCGCCGAGAUCAUCACGGACAUGUUCUAACCAUUGAUGUUUCUCGAGAUGGAAGAUGGAUGGCCAGUGGCGGUGGUUCCGGCCAAAUUUUACUUUGGGACACCACGAAUCUGUCAACUCCUUUUUCACCCGGAGUUCCAAAUUUUCAAGAUCCUUCAAAAAUUGUCCGAUGGAACAACAAGAAUCACGUGCUGUUUGCAUCGAUUUCUUCGCACCGCGCAAGUUGUUGGGAUUUGCGGCGAAACGGUGCCCCGGUUCUCGAAUUUGCUGAAAUCGGCGCCGGUUGCGAUUGGUCGUCAUUAUGCUGGUCGCCGAACGAUGCUUCCCAGCUCAUUAUCGGCAGUCAAUCCCAAUCCGCAUCAGUCAUUCAGAAAUGGGAUAUGAGGUAUACGACGACACCGAUCAAGGAAUAUAGACAUCACAAUAUGGGAAUCACUAGCAUUGAUUGGAAUAAACGAGACGAUCGGUUAUUAGUUUCUUCUGGUUCUGAUGGUCAAGUAGCUAUUUGGAACCAUGAAACUGGUGAAAUUUUGGGAGGUGCUGGAAGUCUUCAAGGUGAUUGGAUCAAGAAUGUAAAAUGGAAUGAAGCCGAACCUUCCCAAUUUGCGAUUCAAUAUUAUCAUCAUCCUCUUCAAAUUUCAUCGAUAACCUCACUCGGAACCCCACAACCUGGCGCCGAAGUUUUGGCGAGCCGAAUUACAGAGAACUUCAUUCCCCAAUGGUUGUCCGCUCCAGUAGUUGGUGCAUCAUUAUCAAUUGGAGGAAAACUUGCAACCCACUGGAAGUCAUUUGAUUCAAAAUUGCAAAGAUGGGUUUAUAAUGUUGAAAUUGAAAACAUUCCCCCAGAUGAAGAGCUUCUCAAAGAAGCACAAGAUUUAGUAGCUGCGAAAUCAACCAAGUCCAAUUUAGGAUGGUUCCUCGAUGAAAAAACGAAGAUGCUCGCUGAUCUUGAGUUGGUCAAUGAAGAAAUAGUUGAAACUAAUGGCACAAUGACGACGAACAAUACAUCAAAAUCAUAUAGUCAUACGAAUGGUACUACUGAAACAAUUACCUCAACUACGAGAAGCAGCUCUUCGUGCUCAACUGAAACUGCUGGGCCGGAAAUUUCAUUUGUUGAAAAGGCAGCGAAUAUUGAUUGGAGGCAAUUAGUUGAACCACAAGUCGAUCCAUUGAGCUCGCUUGUUACCGUAUUAUCGUCAUCGACAUCGGAAAAAACAUCUACUGCAACGAGUCACGAAAACAAGGAGAAUACGCUAAAAUUACUUAAUUCGUUCCCAUCGGAACAGUGGAAAAUUUUGUUGGGAGUUUUGAUUUCUCAAGAGAAUUCUCCACACGAACUUGCUGAAGCGGCUCAAACGAUUGGUAUCGAAUGGCUGAAUGGCAAAAAUCCCCUCAGAGCUUGUAUUGCCUUCAUUCUUGCUGGAGAUGUUGAAAACUUGAUGCGAGCUAAUACUCAUUUUACAUUAUGCGAACGAAUUAUUCAAGGAAUCGCUAUUCACAAACACGGAAAUUCAGUGUUUUCUAGUUUCGGUCCAAAUUUUGAGAAGGCUAUUCUUUCCUAUGGAGAAAAAUUGAUGAAAAACGGAUUAGCGGAGCUGGCGUGGAAAAUGGUUUCCGAUAUGAAUGAAACAACAGAUGAGCAACUCAUUGAGCUUCGGCACACUCUUUAUGUUGCUUGUGGAGGACGAGACUGCACUGGAGAUCCGGAACCGAAGAAUCCUUGGGUUUCAGAACCACCACCGACUCCAAAGUUGCAACCAACUUUUCAACCACAAAACAUGGGCCCGUACAAUUCACGGUUCUCAUCACAAGUCCCACCACCAGCGCCACCAACGGCGUACGCCGAUCGUCGCAGCUCGAACGUAGUACCCAUGCCUCCUUCGUCAAUGUUCUACCAAAAUCAAUCAUGGAAUCAAACACCGCCUCCAUUGACCACCAACGCUCCGAUUCAAAAGCCGCCGGCAACAAUACAAUCGGGAUGGAAUGAUCCACCUCCAUUAGCACCGAAACAAGUUAAAAAAGCAAAUGUGAUGCAAGUGAAUUGGAAACCAUUGGAUGCGCCUAACGUUCCUGGCGGAAUGCAUCCUCUUGUUCAACCUGUUCCACUUCGUCCGUUAGCUCCCCUUCAAAACCAAAUGCAGAAUAUGUCGCUGAAUUCGGGACCACCAUCAACUGUCACAUCUUCGUCAUAUUCUCCAGUCACCAAUGCUCCACAACCUGUUGCACCAAUUCAGUUAUCAGCUGAAGACGAAAAAAUAUUAGGACCAAUUGAAACGAUGGCUCAAUGGAUUAUUGACAAUGCUCGAGCACCGGGAAAAGCGGAAAAAGCGAGCACUUUGAAAAGUCGAAUCAGAGCUGAGUUAGGAUUAAGAUUGGCUCAAAACAGAUUAACAGCCGAAUCGAAGACAUUGUUGAAUCAUAUCGCGUUUAUCGCAUCAAAUGGGCAAUUGAGGGAAGCGCAAGCAUCGAUUGGACAAUUAGCUCGAAAUUCAAGUGAUUUCGUUGAAGUCUCUUCAUUUUUACCAGCUCUGAAAUCGCUUUUCGCCCUGGCUUCUCAUUGA